AUGCCUCCAGUCGAUAUAGACUUUCCAUCUACAACGGUGAGAUUAUUAGUCUGUUCUCUCAGCCUGCUGGUAGCAAUACAUGCGCUUCCGAACGUCCUCUUCAAAGACGUCGUGAUUGUUGGUGGUGGUGCUUCAGGCUCCUAUGCCGCGGUCCGCCUUCGUGAAGACUUUGGAAAGUCCAUUACUCUGGUUGAGAAGGACGAAAUCCUCGGCGGUCACGUCGACUCGUACGUCGACACCAAGACGGGCACGCCGUACGACUUUGGCGUCAAGGAAUUUAUCCAGGCGGGCAACGCGACGGGUUUCUUUGAUCGGCUGGGCGUCCAACGCGGCCGCAGCACCAAGACCCCCCUCAACACGACGUACAUUGAUUUCAAGAGCGGCAAGGUGCUGGACUUUGCGCCGCCCCCGUCCGCCGCCCAGCUCGACGCCUUGGCCGACUUUCUGCGCGUCGUCGAGCCGUGGGAGCAUUUCUUGCAGCCGGGUUAUUUCGACUUUCCGGAGCCAAGCCAUAUCCCCGGAGAGCUUCUCGUUCCCUUUGGCGACUUUGUGUCCAAGCAUGGGCUUGAGCGUGCCAUGCCAUUCAUCUACCAGACCACGGGUCUUGGGGUCGGCAACAUGACCAGGGCAAUUACACUGUUCGCGCUGCAGGCAUUCGCUUCAGGGCGGAAUCAGGAUCUAUACGACGCCGUGGCCGCCGUCCUCGGCAGCGAUGUCUUGUACGCCAGCAAAGUCGUCAACACUCUUCGCACCAACCUCGGCGUCAUUGUCACAGUCAGGCACCUGAAGUCCCGGAGGCUCACUUACAUUGCUGCCAAGGCUCUCUUGAUUGCUAUUGAACCGACAGGGGAUAACACGGGGCCGUUUAGUCUGGACCCCGAUGAGAAGCAUAUUUUCUCCAAGUUCACUUACACGCGCGAGUACACGGGCAUCAUUGACAAUGCCGCCCUCGCUGCACACGCAAGCUACUUCAACCUUCCCUCCGACGCAGCGCCAAACAACUACCUGUCGUACCCUGAGCCGCCGUUCACUGCCCGCAUCGACUACAUGGGUUCGGGGCACUACUUCCGGGUGACUGUCAUUGGCGACGACAAGCUUGACGACAAAGGUGCAAAGGCGUUGGUGGACAAGGACUUUGCGACUCUUGUCGAUGCUCAUGUGCUACGGGGUUCUGCUGCCGAAAAAGUCCACUGGGUGGCCUUUUCUACUCACGGACCGAUGCAUGCAAGAGUGUCAGUCGGGGAUGUCCAGCGAGGCUUCUUCCAGAAACUGUACGCGUUGCAGGGGAGACGGUCGACUUGGUGGACUGGCGGCGCGUGGUCGGUCAAUUUCCAGUCGGCGCUGUGGCAGUACGACGACAUCAUUGUGCCCAUGAUGCUUUGGGGGUAG